UUGUCUGGGGUCUCUUUGUCUAGGAGACCCCUUUGGUCCAGUUUCACAGUUCUGUCUCCGCUCCCUUUCUCUGCGUUAGGCUGUCCCCUCCCUCUCUGCGGGGGCUGAGAGGCUCGGCGAGGGGAGCAGGGCUGGGUUGCCAUGGUCACCUUGAAGCCAGCCGCAGCUGGCCAGGGCAGCUGCUCUUGGGCCCCCGAGGCUGGAGCUUGGACAAAGCCGGGAGGCUUCAUCGGCCUCAGAUCUGGAUCCCCAAAGGCCUGAGCCUGGGGACACUGAAACUCGGGAGAACCUGGCGGUGAGAGAAAGAGCUCACCUGGGAGAGCAGGAACAGACCUUGGGGCUGGGCUGCCUUUAUGAGAAGGGACCAGAAAUGCCGUCCCCUCCUCCAUAGGCCAGAGGGACCAGGAGCGAUGGGGACAGGGGCCCUCUCACCUCUACUGCUGCUGCUACUCUUGGUGACAAUUGGAGAUGCUGACAUGAAGGGACAUUUUGACCCUGCCAAGUGCCGCUAUGCCCUGGGCAUGCAAGACCGCACCAUUCCCGACAGCGACAUCUCUGUGUCCAGCUCCUGGUCAGACUCCACCGCUGCCCGCCACAGCAGGCUGGAAAGCAGUGACGGAGAUGGGGCGUGGUGCCCUGCAGGACCUGUGUUCCCCAAAGAGGAGGAGUACCUGCAGGUGGACCUUCGGAGGCUGCAUCUGGUGGCUCUGGUAGGCACACAGGGCCGCCAUGCUGGGGGCCUGGGCAAAGAGUUCUCCCGAAGCUACCGGUUGCGUUACUCCCGAGAUGGCCGCCGCUGGAUGGACUGGAGGGACCGCUGGGGUCAGGAGGUGAUUUCGGGUAACGAGGAUCCUGGUGGAGUGGUGCUGAAGGACCUUGGGCCCCCCAUGGUGGCCCGGCUGGUCCGCUUCUACCCCCGGGCUGACCGAGUCAUGAGCGUCUGUCUACGGGUGGAACUCUAUGGCUGCCUGUGGCAGGAUGGACUCCUGUCGUACACAGCCCCCAUAGGGCAGACCAUGUACUUAUCUGAGGUGGUGCAUCUCAAUGACUCCACUUACGAUGGAUAUACCGCAGGCGGGCCAGUCCACUGUAACAACAUGCACACUCUGGGAGCCCGUCUGCCAGGCGGGGUGGAAUGCCGGUUUAAAAGGGGCCCUGCCAUGGCCUGGGAGGGAGAGCCUGUGCGCCAUGCCUUGGGGGGCAGCCUCGGAGACCCCAGAGCCAGAGCCGUCUCAGUGCCCCUGGGCGGCCGCAUGGGCCGCUUCCUGCAGUGCCGCUUCCUCUUUGCAGGACCCUGGUUACUCUUCAGUGAGAUCUCUUUCAUCUCGAAUGUGGUGAACGAUUCCUCCGAAACCUUCCCGCCAGCCCCCUGGUGGCCGCCUGGCCCCCCUCCCACCAACGUCAGCAGCUUUGAGCUGGAGCCCCGGGGCCAGCAGCCGGUGGCCAAGGCGGAGGGGAGCCCGACUGCCAUCCUCAUCGGCUGCCUGGUGGCCAUCAUCCUGCUGCUGCUGCUCAUCAUUGCGCUCAUGCUCUGGAGGCUGCACUGGCGCCGCCUGCUCAGCAAGGCCGAGCGCCGGGUGUUGGAGGAGGAGCUGACGGUUCACCUCUCAGUCCCUGGGGACACCAUCCUCAUCAACAACCGCCCAGGGCCCCGAGAGCCACCCCCCUACCAGGAGCCCCGGCCUCGGGGGACUCCACCCCAUUCUGCGCCCUGUGUCCCCAAUGGCUCUGCGUUGCUGCUCUCCAAUCCGGCCUACCGCCUCCUUCUGGCCACUUACGCCCGUCCCCCUCGAGGCCCGGGCCCCCCCACACCCGCCUGGGCCAAACCCACCAACACCCAGGCCUGCAGCGGGGACUAUAUGGAACCCGAGAAGCCGGGUGCCCCGCUUCUACCCCCACCUCCCCAGAACAGCGUCCCCCAUUAUGCCGAGGCUGACAUUGUCACCCUGCAGGGCGUCACUGGGGGCAACACCUAUGCUGUGCCCGCCCUGCCCCCAGGGGCAGUUGGGGAUGGCCCCCCCAGAGUGGAUUUCCCCCGGUCACGGCUCCGCUUCAAGGAGAAACUUGGCGAGGGCCAGUUUGGGGAGGUGCACCUGUGUGAAGUAGAGGACCCUCAAGACCUGGUCAGUGGUGACCUCCCUGUCAGCGUGCACAAGGGGCACCCCUUGCUGGUAGCGGUGAAGAUCCUCCGGCCCGAUGCCACCAAAAAUGCCAGGAAUGACUUCCUGAAGGAGGUCAAGAUCAUGUCGAGGCUGAAGGACCCAAACAUCAUCCGGCUCCUGGGCGUGUGUGUGCAGGACGACCCCCUCUGCAUGAUCACAGACUACAUGGAGAAUGGUGACCUGAACCAGUUCCUUAGUGCCCACCAGCUGGAGAACAAGGCAGCUCAGGGGGUUCCUGGGGACAGAGAGCCUGACCAGGGGCCCACAAUCAGCUACCCCAUGCUGUUGCACGUGGGAGCCCAGAUCGCCUCAGGCAUGCGUUAUCUGGCCACACUUAACUUUGUACAUCGGGACCUGGCCACCAGGAACUGCUUGGUUGGGGAAAAUUUCACCAUCAAAAUCGCUGACUUUGGCAUGAGCCGGAAUCUCUAUGCUGGGGAUUAUUACCGCGUACAGGGCCGGGCUGUGCUGCCCAUCAGGUGGAUGGCCUGGGAGUGCAUCCUCAUGGGGAAGUUCACGACAGCAAGUGACGUGUGGGCCUUUGGAGUGACCUUGUGGGAGGUACUGAUGCUCUGCAGGUCCCAGCCCUUUGGGCAGCUUACAGACGAGCAGGUCAUCGAGAACGCUGGGGAGUUCUUCAGGGACCAAGGCCGGCAGGUAUACUUGUCCCGGCCACCCGCCUGCCCGCAGACCCUCUAUGAGCUGAUGCUGCGGUGCUGGAGCCGGGAGCCCGAGCAGCGGCCGCCCUUUGCCCAGCUUCAUCGGUUCCUGGCAGAUGACGCUCUUAACACAGUGUGAACUCAGGACCCUGCAGCCCUUUCCCACUGGGCGCCCUCCAGGGGAAGCUGGACACUAAAACGAGAGAAGCCCACGGCACCCCACCCCACCAUCCCCUGACUUGCCGUCCCUCAAGAGGCAGCGUUUCUGCAGGUGGGCUGGGCCUGCCCAAGGAGCGGAAGCUUCUGUCGCUGGAGACACUCUCCCUUCCUGCUCGCCUUCCAUCUCCCGAGCACCGCCCACCCAGCUGGCCCUGUGGUUGGGAUCCUGCCUGACUUCUUCCAGCCAUCCCCUGGGGAAGAAUGGGGACACAUGCAGGGCGCACACUGGACAAGGCCCCCUGGAGCACCUGGGCCCCACUGGACAACACUGGUUCCUGGGGAGGUGGCUGUGCCCCCGGCCUCCUUCCUGUCACACACUGGACACUGCCAGCUGAGAAACUGGGGAAUGAGGUGGACAAGGAAACCUAACCCCUACGGUGGUCCUCAGCCCUGGCUUCCUUCUGAUCCCCGCCCCCGACACACUGGACCUGGGGUGAUCCUGUCCUGAUCCUCAUCACACACCCCUCCUUCCCACCGGCUGAACUGCAGCUAGGACUUCUCAAAGCCUAUAUGUUUCUGUGGAGUAAAUACUAGGAUGGGGGACAGAGGGAUCCAUAGCCCAAGGCUGGGGGUGGGGAAUCUCUAUUGUAGCUACCACAUUGGUUUUUCUAUAAUCACGUGGGUUUGUACAUUUUUGGGGGGAGAGACACAGAUUUUUACACUAAUAUAUGGACUUAGCUUGAGGCAAUUUUAAUCUCCUGCACUAGGCAGGUAAUAAUAAAAGUUGAGUUUUUCCACA